AUGGUAAAGUUUGUAGAUGACGCUCGAGCAUACCUUCUGCUAGCGCAGAAAACUCUCCAUGAUCAGACUGAAAAGUACGAAGAAUUCCGUAAGCUCUUGAAAGAUUUCGGGGAUCAAAAAAUUGAUGAUACCCAACUUUCAUCAACUGUGAAGAUGCUGUUUGAUGGGUAUGAUGAUUUAGUCACUGGGUUCAACUCUUUCUUGCCGUCGAAGACGAAGCAUGUCACCGCUUCGUCGGAGGCGUACAAUAGCACGGUGGACAAUCAAGCUUCGACUUCAUCGUGGGCGACACAGAUCGAGUUUGUAAGAAAAGUUCAGAAGCGUUUCGGAGAUGACGUUCGGAGAUAUAAAUCGUUUCUUGUUGCUUUGGGUAUGUGGCGUUUUGGGGACAGGGUCAUUGAUCGGCUCGAUCAGGAGGUUGCUGGUGUGUUCAAAGAGUUCCCAGAUCUGUACAUGGAGUUCAAGGGGUUUUAUGGUGAUUUUUCAGAGGAGAUAUCGGCUGAUAAGCAAGCGAAUCGACAGGAAUUAAAGACUCAGAGAAACGAAAAAUUGUAUGUUCAACAAGAGGCGGAAACAUACCUUCGACUCGUGAAGCAAACUUUCCAUGAUCAGACUGAGAAGUACUAUGAAUUCAUUAACGUCGUGAAAGAUUACUUGGCUCAAAAAAUUGAUGAAACCCUUUUAUUAUCAAUCGUGAAGAAGCUGUUUGAUGGGUAUGAUGAUUUAGUUACUGGAUUGAAAGCUUUCUUGCCGGCGAAUAAGACUGUCAUCACUUCGCCGGAGGUGUACAACAACGUUGUGGACGAUGAAACUCAGACAUCAUCGUGGACGUCACAAAUCGAGUUUUUCAACAAGGUUGGUAAUCGUUUCCUAGACGAUCCUCGUAUGUUUAAAUCAUUCAUUGAUGCUUUUAGUAGGUGGCGGUUGGGGGACAAAGACAUUACUCAGCUCGACCAAGAGCAAACUUUCCAUGAUCAGACUGAGAAGUACUAUGAAUUCAUUAACGUCGUGAAAGAUUACUUGGCUCAAAAAAUUGAUGAAACCCUUUUAUUAUCAAUCGUGAAGAAGCUGUUUGAUGGGUAUGAUGAUUUAGUUACUGGAUUGAAAGCUUUCUUGCCGGCGAAUAAGACUGUCAUCACUUCGCCGGAGGUGUACAACAACGUUGUGGACGAUGAAACUCAGACAUCAUCGUGGACGUCACAAAUCGAGUUUUUCAACAAGGUUGGUAAUCGUUUCCUAGACGAUCCUCGUAUGUUUAAAUCAUUCAUUGAUGCUUUUAGUAGGUGGCGGUUGGGGGACAAAGACAUUACUCAGCUCGACCAAGAGGUCUGUGUUAUCUUCAAAGACCACCAUGAUCUGUACAUCGAGUUCAAGGGGUUUUGUGAAUCGAACCAACCUGAAAGAGAUAACAAAUACAAAGAUUUAUGUUUUGUGCAGAUUGAGGAUCAUCCGUACAAACAGACAUUGCUCGAUUGUGAACAUAAUUUGUUUGAAAUAGAUAUGUUGAGACAUCGUUUGAAAUCAACAAAGGAGGCUAUAGAGAAACUGUUGGGAGACAUCAAGUUGUUGGACAAAAGAGAAGAACAAGGGAGAGAAGUUAUCGACAUUGCAGAAUAUUUUACAGUUCUGAAUUUAAUCUGCAUUGAGAGAUUGUACAAUGAUCAUGGUCUUAAUGUGUUGAACUUACUUAGACAAAAUCCAGCUACUGUGGCAUCGAUCAUAGCGUCUCGACUCAAUCUGAAGCUGAAAGAAUGUGAUGAAAUGAAGGUUGUUUGUGAAAUUACAUACAAAAAAUGCCAUGAAAAGGUGCGGGAGUACAGUGUUAAUUUUCUGAAAAAUAGAGAUUCAAAUAUGGAUGAUAAACGUAACCGGCGGAGGAAGAGGAGGUGCAUAUGA